GCUCCCUCAGUGAUGCCUUCACCAUACCAUCCCUUUACUUCCAAUUCAUCUUCCUCCCCACUUAACAGACCAUCUUUUCCCUUUUUUCUCUUUUGUGGAGUUCAAGCAUGUCAGGGUUCUGAACUAGUUCCUCGCUUUUUUCCCAGUCAAUCCUCCAAAACCUGUCAACACCCUUUACCUCCAGUAGUUUCAGGACUGCACACAAUUUUUCACUGAUGUCUUCCAAUUCUCUCACCUCUUGGACACCUAAGCAAAACAAACUAUUCGAAAAGGCCCUGGCUUUACAUGACAAGGACACCCCUGACCGCUGGCAUAAUGUUGCCAAAGCUGUGGGUGGGAAAUCUGCAGAGGAAGUGAAGAGGCACUAUGAGAUUCUCAUCAAGGAUGUCAGGGAAAUUGAGUCUGGCAGAGUUCCAUUCCCUAAUUACAGGUCAAGUGGAAACGGCAACUAAGGCAUUGGUAACCAAGCACGAGGUUCAAAAGGUACCAAAAGCUACAGCAAAUUACAAGAUGCAGCUUAGAAACUAGUUUUAAGUUGUUGAAUACACUACUUGUCCACCACUACUAUUUGCAAAAAAAAGUGUUGGAAAAGACACAUUGUCCACCAAGUUAAUAUUUUCCUGUUAUUAGUUUAUCCUAUAUGUUGUAACCCUCCUUGUAGAAUUAAAUCAGUGUAAUGAGUUUCCUAUA